AUGAGAUGGAUCGGAAGACAACUGGGAGUCACCCAUACAACUGUGUCUCGGGUGGUAAAAUCGUUUAAGGAGUCCCAGACGACCGUGCGGCGGGUUGGAAGUGGAAGAAAAUCGAAGACAGCUGACCCUGUGAACGCCCGGAAGGUUUUGGAUUAUUUCAAGCGUAAUCCGAACCUUUCGAUUCGCCACGCGGCUCUGAAGGCAAAGUGUUCCGCCUGGUUCGUUCAACAAACCAUGAAACGAGCUGAGCUUCGUGUAGUCAAGGUCCGGAAGGCACCGAACCGGCGUGAUCAACAAAACACGGUGGCCAAAUCCCGCGCAAGGAAGCUGUAUCGAGAGUGCUUAACGAAACCGAUGUGUGUGGUUAUGGAUGACGAAUCCUACAUCUAA